GAAUGAGAUGGUCGAGGACGAAGACGAGGAGGAGUGCGACAUGGAGGUCUGGGAAACGCUGAGCCAGAGCUUUUUCCAGGUCCAAUCCGCACUGGAUCAGAACCGUACCUUAAUCCAGCAGGUCAACGAGAACCACCAGUCGAGGAUUGCGGACAAUUUCUCUAAGAACGUUGAACUGAUUCGCGAGAUCAACGGCAACAUCACCAAGGUCCUUUCUAUAUACUCCGAUCUAUCAGUCAAUUUCUCCAGCAUUGUUCGUCAGCGGCGUGCGAUCAUGUCGUCGAGGAACCACACGAACGGUAGCGUCGAUGGCAAGGAAGAGAGCAAGGAAGCCUAAAGAGAUCUUUUGGAAUUUCAGAAGAAGGCUGCGGGACUGCUGGUCUACAUAUACGCGUGCCCGCAGACUUAUUGAGGUACUUAUGUUCUGUUUACAAUUAUUCUCUCCGUUUUCUGUUUCUGUUUUUGGUUUUUUAGAAUUUGUUUGCCUUUGAUUUUUUAGUUGUAGAUGGUGAAUAAUUGAUUUUUUUAUUAUUUAUAAAAGUCCUGCUUAGUUAGGUAGAUACAUAUAUACAUAAACACAUACACACAUUGUGCGCCCGUGUGUGUGGAUGCUCAUCUCUCAAGAGAUGUACUACAUUUAA